GUGGUUUCAUUGAAAAGGAAAUACCGUACCGACGACUUGGUGGAUAAUUUUGCAAUAUUAAUCAAUAUUGAAAAGUGUGAUCGGGAAAUCUAGUUAAAGCGGAAUAGGCACAUUUUGGAAUUUUGGCAGCCAUGAAGACUGAGUUCAAAUCCUGUGGGGGCUGCGCUGAGCAAAUCACCGAUCGGUAUAUCUUCGAAGUGAGCGGCUGUGCGUGGCACGGAUCCUGCCUUCGAUGUAGCAUCUGCUACUGUUCCUUGGAACGGCAAGCCUCCUGUUACUUCAAGGAUGGCGAAGUCUACUGCAAAACUGAUUACAUCAAGAAAUUCAAAGCCAGUUGCGCCAAAUGUUCCCGUUCGAUAUCGCCGUCGGAUUGGGUGCGGAGGGCGCGGGAUUUCGUGUUCCAUUUGGCGUGCUUCGCGUGCGACUCGUGCGGCCGACAGCUCUCCACGGGGGAACAGUUUGCCAUCAUUGACGACCGGGUGCUGUGCAAGACUCACUACAUGGAGCUGAUUGACGACGGAACGACGUCCAGUGAGGAUGGCUGUGACGCCGAAGGCAAUGGCAAGAACAAAACCAAACGGAUACGGACGACAUUCACCGAGGAGCAGAUCCAGAUCUUGCAGGCCAACUUCCAGAUCGAUAGUAAUCCGGAUGGGCAGGAUUUGGAGCGGAUAGCACUGGCGACGGGGCUGAGCAAGCGCGUGACCCAGGUGUGGUUCCAGAACUCGAGAGCCCGCCAGAAGAAGCACGGUGAGAUUUAUUCGUCUAUUCUGGAGGAGCUUGGAACUAAUCAGAUUGUGUCUUUGGCAGUGCCCCGUGGUCAAGAACUAUUCAAUGGGCUGAGAUCAGAUUUAAACAACAACAGUAGCAGCAACGACAGCCCGGGAGGGACAUCGAUGGGGGAGGAGUGUGCUCUGGCGAAGGCUUCGAUUUUCAACCACCAUGGCUUCAUCAAUCUGAUGGUGUGACAUGAGGGGCUCCAUCCGAUGGGUGGCCAUGACCACCAACAGCAGCAACAACACGUUGGCUACUCUUGAGGAU